AUGUUUUCUCAACUUUUCGUGUUAACUGAGAGAGGAGAUGCACUUAUUUUCCGCGAUUGUAUCCUUUUUUAGUUUGUACAAUAAUUGUAAGAACAUAAUAAAUUAAUUAAUCAAGAAUUUAAUGAUGACAUUUUAUAAUAAAAUCUCUCUUGCUUUGACCUUCUUUGCCCCAUGCCCUCAAAGCAAAAAGAGCUUGAUACAAGUUUGCUUAACUGAGAAUACAAAUCCUAGCUGUGGUAGUGCCAGAUAAUAAACAAUUAUUGAACGAGGUCCUGACUGGAAAGUUUGGAAAUUGCGCACUGGAGAUUUCAAAAAUGUAUUAGUAAUUAUAUAAAAAGCAUCAAAAUUGCACGGAACGAGGUCGAAUACGAUGUGACUCAUGUGAGGAAUUCUGAGGUUUGUGUUAUCUGCCGAAACCGUGCAAGAACUGAAUUCAAUAAUUGUUUUAUUAUUUAUUUGUCGGAAUAUACAUAAAAAGUCGGUGAACCUUUCCUUUGAGGAAGCCAUUUGAAUUUUCCAUUUUAGCCGGAUAAAUAAUAGCAUGACGUCAUAGCGUGUUAAUACAUUCACUGUGAUACAUUGUUUUUCAAUAUACCACGAAAUUACAUAUGGCAUGUUUGUUUUGAAUAUUCCAUGGCGAUGUCAUAAUUAACUUCAAAUUUGGACGGCUACCAACUGGAUAUGACGAUUUUACCGACAGCUCUCAGCCAAUCAGAACUCUUGACUUAUUUUCAAUAAAUAACAUGUAUUAUUUAGUAUAAUAGUGUAAUAUAUUGUAAAACACAACCCACAACCAGUUUACAAUUGUGACAUAUUGAUCAUAGGAACCUCCCGUGCAAGUUUUGCGCUUCACCUCAUGCAACCUUGGUGCAGAAGGGUUGGUUUUUGGUCAGGGUUGAAAACCAAACUGCUCACGAAAUGCCCAAAAUAGGACAGGCGUUAGAAAGAAAUACAUAUGGUAUACGUACCGGAAGAAUUGUUUUGAAUCUCUGUCCUAUUUCGGGCAUGGUAUAAAACUACCUCCAUGGAGAAAAGCUGUCAAUAUGCACAUGCUCAGGAGAAACACAUUCACUAGUGCAUGUAUAUAUCAAGUAUAUCAAGUAGUGUACUAUGUGGAUACAUUUAGUUGCAGACGACAAGGGGUAUAUCAUUAUUUACCCAUUUGGUGGUUGCAGUACUUUUCAUUUUCGUUUGACGAGCAAAGUCAUGCAUCUGGUGUUAGACGUACAGAGUAAACAAACAAACUUGGAUGCAUUUAUUAGGCACAUUGCAACUUAAUGGGUUAACUAUAUCUGUAACCUCGGUGCUUCCCAUAACAGUUUUAAGAUCGAGGUGACAUUGAACAGAAGUGCACAGAGAUUUUUUACAACAAAAUAAAGAGUGCCAGAGACAACCAACCACCUUGUUUUGUAAGUAUAUGCAGUAAAACAUUUUCUCUAUCAACUGCAGAAUGAUUUAGUUUAUUUAACCCAUUAAGCACCAGCGCUCUCCCCUUGACGAGUAAAAUUGUCUGGCGUUAGACAGAGUAAAAUACUAAAGUAGGGUGCAUCAGGGUGCAAUGCGACUCAAUGGGUUAACUAGACACAUGGGCAGAUAGACCAGUUAACCCAUUAAGCACCAGCGCUCUCCCCUUUGACGAGUAAAAUCGUCUGGCAUUAGACAGAGUAAAAUGAUAAAGUAGGGUGCAUCAGGGUGCAAUGCGACUCAAUGGGUUAACCCAUUAAGUGCCGGACUGCCAGUGCUCUUCCCUUGACAAGUAAAAUUGUCUGUUGUUAGACAGAGUAAAAUGAUAAAGUGGGGGCGCAUUAAUUAAUUGCCACCUAAAUGGUUAGGGGGUGUUAAAGACUCCUGGGUCAACUAUUCCUGUUGCCUGCCCAGGCCUUAAAAUAUCUUUUACAGGGCCGUCUGACAAAAUGUCCGGUGACGUUGAGUUUGGGUCGGACAUAUGUCCGAUGACCUUCAGUUCAGUUUUGGCUCGGAAAUAAGUCUGAAUGACACAAAUGAAUAAACGGUAAAUGUUGUAAAGAUAUUUAAAAAUUUGUUUCUUUCAUAUUUAUUUCCAAGCCGGCCAAAAUUAACUUGCUUGCCAGAACAGCAGUGUUAAAAAAGACUUCGACAACUUAAGCCCGUUUUCCACUUCACCAUUUCGGUCGCCGCCCCGCGCUCCACUACGUUAAAACAACAUUUCCAGUUCACCUUUUAUACAAUAGUACUCUGAUUUUCCAUUUAACAUACAAGCCUCUAGUCGUGGGCUAGGGCACAUUUUGAUUUACGUCGGACAAAGCUACAGUUCGGUCGGACACCAAUUCACUUGGGUUGGACAAACAAUAAACAUCAGUUUCACUUUGGUCGGACAGAAUGUCCGGUGGUUUCCUCUCUACGUCGGACAAUUUCACGAAUGGGUCGGACAAUGUCCGUGACCGACCGAUAUUUUAAGGCCUGUGCCUGCCAUCACCAAGCAAUUCACAAUUUGAACUGAGAAUUACUGAUGAACAUUUUCUAGAAUAGUGAUGGGGUGAACUAUAUUUUUGUCCAUACUGCUGGUUUGUACUUUGUCCUGACCACAAAGAAAAAUGCAUCACCAAAUUGUGCUCUGGAGUUCCUGCAAAGGUAAUCCAUAAUUACAUUUUUUUUACACAAUAACCCUUUAGCCCAUUAAGCUGCAGAGCUUUCCCUUGACAAGUAAAAUUGUCUGGUGUUAGACGAGUAAGAAAAAUAAUUGGGGUGCACUGCCCAGGGCGCAUUAAUUGCCGUUCAACAAGUUAACUAGAGACACAUUGAUGAAUAAAAUUAUCUGGCAUAAGACAAGUAAAAAAAAAGUAGGGUGCAUUGUGGCUCACAUGUUACCUCUUGUAAUGUGCAAGGAAGAUGAUUUUCUCAAAUUCAAACUUACGGCAUUUUCUCCCCCCCCCCCCCACACACACACAAAUUGGCAGUCCUAAAGCUUUGAUUGAAUAUUUAUGAAACUUACAGAUAGCUAAGCUCUUGCUUUGCAUCAAUUCAUUCAUUGUCUUUUUUAUAGAUUUGCUUGUAUUUGUAAAGAUUACUGUGGCGUUUUAAAUGAAAAUUCCAUUCAACAGAAUUUUGUUUUAAUUUAUGAAAUUUUAGACGAGGUUCUGGUUAGUAACAUUCUGUGUUAGAGAAUAUGGCAGAUUGCUCUAUCAGUUUUAAACUGUUCUCUCUAGAGGUUGAGUAACAACCAUCCCGUACUGGGCCAGUGUUAGUAGAGGAGGAAAAUGGAGUACUUUGAGCUGUGGAUAGAGGGAGAUACAACUAUGGUACCUAAAAUACAUAAACAGAAUUUCAACUGCAUAUUAAUUUUGAAAAUCAAGAUUAAGAUAUCAUAAUUUAUCUUUUAAAAAUCUAAAUUGACGAAAAUAUUACUGAAAAAUUUAACAAAUUACUGUACGUUAAUUAGAAUUUUUCUUUACUCCCCCCUCACCGCUCGCCAACAAUUUUUUUUGGAAAAAGAUUCAUUAGCGACUGAGAUGUUGAUCAGAACUUAAUGUUUGAUCAGCAACAACCCCUGCCCCAAUCUUGAUUCUUUUCAAUGCCCCUGCAUGUCCCUGAUCUCUGCCUAUAUUGGCACCGACCAUUUGAGAUUAUAUUUGGAGUAAAGAUCAUGAGUAAACCUGUGCUGUUACUGGGAACAUUCUUAAUUGGUAAGAUAUGAUUUGAGUAUUAUUUUCCAUGUAGAAUUUUGGCUACGUACAAGAAACAUAUUCUCAAGCCAUUAAACCGUACAUUCAGAAUCAGCCUACAGUUGUCGAACCUUAUGAUAAAUCAACCCAAUUUCCUGGGAGAGCUGUGGUAAGUUUUUUAAGUAAAUUUUUCAGCAUGUCUAUUGGUUGGUUGCAUUAGUUGAUCUGCUGGCCUUUGUAUCAGUUAUUGUCCAUUGUCAUUGGCCAGCGAGUCACUUUUUUGUGUGCAUUAGUUUGGUUUAGAGAAAUUACGUGUUGGAAGUGAUGCUGCAAACAGACCUGUUGGACAUAGUGAUAGGUUUUCUGUAAGUUCAACUUUUUUGUUUAAUACACAUCUAUCUAAACUACAGAGUUCGAUCAAUACAGACUAUCAAUUGAUUCCACCUCUAACACAUUUUAUUUUAGACCCCCAAGAAAGGUGAAAUAUUUUCAGACAUUUUGGAACGUCUAUUGGUUCAAGUAGAUCCAGAGGUAAACCGUCGGGAUCUUCUCUACAAAUACCGCACGUUACAGAAUUAUACACCUUUGAUCAUCAUUACCAUCAUCACCACCAUUAUCACAAUCACCACUAACACCUUGCCUGUCUCAUUUUCUCCUGUGUCUCUUUAAACCACACCUCUUAGCCACUACCUGACUAGCCUGCGAACAGGCUCUUUGAAUUCUGGACACUCCGUCUUGUAAUCUCACUCCAGCCACAUAUAACCACUGCCUCCCAAAGACCCAAUAUAUUAUAACUAACGAUAUGCUAAAAUUCGAACCCUAAUAAAACAUUACAGGGCAAUGUUCUUCGUUCAGAAAUCAUCGGCACUAUUACAUUACGAAGCUUUCUCCCAGAUGGAUGCGUCCUGACUAUGGCUCUUAGCGAUGAACUGUAUAAACUGCAUGUUGAAAAUGGUAACUUCUGAAAUUAUUUACAAUAUAUGCUCUAGCUUUGCUUUGUUAAUUUUACUUUAUCAAUUAUUAUGAAUGUGAGUUUAUAAUUUUUGUAGGAUUUGGGACACAGCUAGAAGAUUAUAAUCUCCAUCCGUCUGUAAAUUGCGCAGAGUUUGAAUCAAGUGGAAAACUGUCCGUUAUGCCUUUGGUUGGUGAGGUAAGAAGAUGAUAUUUUUCCUGAUUGUCAGAGACGGAUUAUCUUUGAAGAUGGACUACUCACACUGCCACGCACGUUUGUCUGUGUACCUAGAUAAUCCGAAGCUCAGUUGUAGGAUUAACAAUUUCGUUAUGUCCUUAGUUUGCCUUGAUGAAUUAUCGUAUGUCUGGAACGGUAUCUAAAGAACGUCUUCCCUUCACCGUUGAAAUGACUUUCGAAGAUUCUAGUACAACCAAGUAAGCCUUCACUUUGCAUGCAUAUGAUAUUUCGUUUCAAGUGUAUAUAUGUGUUUCAUUAAUCCGGGAUUUCAACAGCUCGUUGGUGAACGAGGUCUAUUUUUUCACUUAACCUCAUGUGUAUUGGUUUAUAUUUAGGUUCAUAGAUGUUUCUAUACAAAUUCACUGCAGUAUACCUUCGGACAAGUAAGUGAAACAAUAUUCAAGUGUUCGAAUUUGAAAAUUUUUUUUUCAAAUUUUGUUUAUGGUAUUGUCUUACCUUUAAGAUAUGUAGAGAAAGUAAUGGUGCAGUUUCCUGUACCUGAGGACACUCAGAGGUACUUCAUAAGUCGUUUUAUUGAUUGAUUAUUUGAUUAAUUGGUUCAUUGAUUGAUUGAUUGAUUAAUUUGUUGAUCGAUUGAUUGAUUGGUUCGUUAGUUGAUUGAUUAAUUUGUUGAUUAGUUAAUUGAAUGAUUAAUUGAUUUAUUGGUAUACUAGUUGAUUGAUUGAUUAAUUUAUUGAUUAGUUAAUUGAUUAAUUGAUUGAUUAAAUGAUUGAAUAAUGUAUUGCAUGAAUGAUUCAUCGAUUGUUUUAUUAACAAAUUCUUAUCUUGGAUUGAUUCUUAAAUUAAAUUGAUUCUCAGAUUAGAUUGACUGGUUGCCAGAUUAGCAGAAUGUAUUCGUCACUGAAUGACGAUGCCCUUCGUUUUGUAUUUUUCGUAGUGUCUCUUGUUCUGGUCAAACUGUCGAGUUUUCGAAAGAAAGUGAUUUAGUAACGUGGCACAUUACACAGUUUCAAGGUGGAACAACGAUCAGAGCUUUAUUUAAGGUAGCUUUGGUAAUGAAAUAUUUGUGGCUUAACGGUCAGUGUUUGUGCCUUUCCAUUACACACACAAAAAUCUCACAUCUUUUAGCAAGUCUGUCAACAAGCCGUCAACAAGUUGUGUUCGCACAGCGUGUCCCAAAUUGUCAACAAGUUUGUAACAAGCUGUUAACAACUUGUAACAAGCUUGAUGGCAUUAUCAGACUUGUUGCAAGGUUGUUCCAACAAGUCCGAUACAGUCUUGAUAUAACAAUAUCAGGGUGCGAUCAUUCAAGAUUUCUAGUCGUACCUGACUGGUACGCCAAUGGUUGUUGCCGCGUACUUGCGCUAGAACAAACUCAGAACUCAAUGUGUACUUAGUCUUUACAAUAAAGUUCAUAAAGUACAGGUUUCUGAAAAGUAUGUUCAGACUACGAGGUAGCAAACGGAGUUUUGCUAUUUGAAAAGGGUGUUUUGUUGUUUGAAAAUGGAGUUUUGCUAUUUGCAAAGGGAGUUUUGCUAUUUGAAAAGGGAGUGCUGCUAUUUGAAAAGGGAGUUUUGCUAAUUGAAAAGGGUGUUUUGCUAUUUGAAAAGGGUGUUUUGCUAUUUGAAAAGGGUGAUUUGCUAUUUGAAAAGGGUGAUUUGCUAUUUGAAAAGAGUGAUUUGCUAUUUGAAAAGGGUGUUUUGCUAUUUGAAAAGGGUGUAUACUUGUAAUACCUUGGACUUGGAAAGGUCAUGUGCUACCAGCAAAAAAUAAGUACGCAGAUAGCAAGAGUUCCUCGUACCUACGUGGUACGUAAGUACGUGGUACGUAUGUACGCGAAUUAUCGCACCCUGAAUAUUGUUACAACCUUGUGACGUCAACCCUGUAACAUUCUUGUUAUAUCAUGACCGUAUCAGGCAACCUUUGACAAAGUUGUUCUAACAUGCCACCCUGGCUGUCUAUGGGAACAUGCAACAACUAUUAGUUUGUUGUGUUUUCUUGCAGUUAAACGGAUUAUUUGAAGAAAAUUUUGAAUACAGACAUGAGUUGGAUGCUGUAAAGUAAGUUCAUCACUCACUGGAGUAGUAUUAUAUACAUUACAUUUUCUCUGUAGUUUACAUAAUAUUUUGGGGGUGUUUUACAGCCUACGAUUUGAAAUUCCACAAUUCCUGUGUUCAAGAGCGAAAGUAAAGUCCCUAAGAAUCUCAGGUGGUGCGGGCAAGAUAGAACACACGACAAAAUGGACGCGACAAAUUACGCACAGGUUUGGAAAAAAUAUAUUUGGAGCAUACACGGUCAGCACGGACGGUUUUUUCGUCCGUGCUGAUCGUUUUUCUGUUCGUUUUUCUUCCGUUAUUUGUUGAUCCAAAUGUGCCAUCUAGUCACGACCAGUGAUUGAAGUGUUCCAUUGUUUUGAAAAUCCCUUCGAGUUAUUUUUAUGCAUAUUCUAAUAGUAAUGCGUAGGCGUGUGAGAUGCAUGGCACAAAAGUGACUGGAUGGCAUGGAGAACAGCGGGAUUUUGAAAAGACAAUGGAACAUUCUGAUCAAUGGAUCGUGACCGCAAGGCAAUAGUUACGCUUAAUCGGGAAGCCUCACAUAUCGAUUUUUUCCACGAGAAACGUCAUAUGUUCGUUUGGGGGUGGGGGGGUUGGCAGCUGUGACGUUUCUCUGUAAACAUCAUGGAAAAAUUCGAUAGUUUUUAUCUUUGCAGAAUAUAAAAAAGAAAACAAUUUGAUACAAACAGCAGUCUAUAUAUUCGUAAUACCAUACCUGUUCUAUACCUAUACAUUUAUAUUAUUACGCCUUCCUUGCAUUGAAAACACUCAAUUUUGAGAAACGUUGGAAAUUUUGAAGUUCAUACUUAUAUUAAUAAAAAAGAGUAUGUCAGCAGAAGAUGACAUAUUCCUCGCGGAAGCAUCGCCAAUAGCCGACCGAAAAAAAUAGUAGAAAAUUACCUUGUGUGUACUAUAAGAACAAAAUAUCGAUAACUAUGUGUGACGUUUCUAAGGGGGGUGGGGGGUGGGGGGUCUCCAGAGAAACGAACAUAUGACGUUUCUUGUGGACAAAAUCGAUAUGUGAGGCUUCCCCAAAGGGUGACUAUCUACAUACAGGGAGUACAAUUACCAUGAUUCUACAGUAUACAGAAUGUCCCAAAAAAACCAAAACUAAUGAAAUAAGGUACUGCUGGAAUUUGAAUGCCUCAGCACUUCGCUGAACCCACAUGUGCAUAAAAGCUUGACAUAAGUAAAUUUUCUGCAUAAAGAAACUGUUUAAGAAGCUGCUUUUAAAAAUUCCCAAGAGCAGAAAAUCGUGCGCCUUACAAAGAUAUUUUAAUUCCUUAAUAAGUCAACUGAUAUUUAUAAUAUAUACACCCUGUCAAUAUUUUGCGCAUGCAUCUUUGCGUUCAGCUUAGUGUGCUAGGGCAUUCAAAUUCUAACAAUUUCAAUAGUUUUGGUUUUUUGGGACACCCUGUAUACUAAGCUAUCUUUGUUUUUUUUCCUUGCAGUGCCGUAGCCAGAACGAUAUUGGGGCACAUAUUCAUAUAUUCGUGUUCUGCUUUAUUAAUUUCUUUUGAAAUCAACUGUUUUUAUCGUAUGUGAACACGAAUAUAUGAAUAUGUGCCCCCCAAUUAUCGUUCUAGCUACGGCACUGUUUCCUUGCUUUCAUAAACGAUUCGAUGGUAUAGCUGGUUUGAACAUGCCAGCAAAGAAUUUUUGAAGCACACAUAUUUUGUAAAAUAGAAAUUUUAUUAGUUAACGUUUUGUUGUAUAACUUCUUCACAGCUUUGAAGUGAAUUUUACAGGGUAUGCUAUAUACUAACCAUGUAACAGUGUUACAGUAAUAACCCUUUAUAGAUUAACCAUUUUGAUAAUUUAAAGCAUGCAUACGAAUUAUCCAAAGCUUUGAAUUGGUAAAUAACGAUGUAAACUAAUAACCAUUUUCAUUUAAAUGUUUUGUAGUGAUUCUUACAUUAUACGACUGUGA